AUGGCUGCCCCUAAACUUUACUCAGGCGAGUCAGAGAGGCCAAGAGCUUUCAAGAUGAGAGCUUUGGUUUUAUGGAGUCUGGCAGCUUUGCCGUUCGCCAUCGUUGCGUAUUUUACUGAUCUCCCGGACGCUUUCAAUGAUACAAUCGCAACAUGGGCGUACAUGUCAUAUGGCGACUCGUCUGUGGCUGUUCUAUCUGGGUCGUUCAAUCGUUCCGCCAUGGAUGCUGUCUACAAGGGACGCGCCACCGAUUCAGAAUUACAGAAGAGGAAUGCCUUCCUCAAUACCACGAAUUUCAUAGCCUAUGAUGAAAGGUUCAUGGAUCUACUUGGGCCAAAGGCUACAGUUAAGCGAAUUCAAAAGUUAGCAUCCCAAAGUCACGAGGCACCAUGCUUCAACAAGGAAACCAAGGAGCUCUUCUUCGUAGAGUGGGGACCCCCUGGAGGUGACAACGGUACCCACAGCUGGCAGUAUCUACUGGAUACCAAGAACAAUACCCUCAGAAAGAUCACAACAAACCCGCCAACCCUCAACGCCCACGGCUGCGUUUACUACAAUGGAGCGUAUCACGUCGUAACGGACGGUAGCCAUAACGAGACCGGGGCACUCAUUCGUAUUGAACCAAUAACCCUAGAGACAACUGUGUUGUUGAACAACUACUACGAGCAGCCUUUCGCAGGUCUCAAUGAUCUUGAGAUUGACUCUGAUGGAAACUUUUGGUUCACAGAUUCAAAAUCUGGCUGGGGCCGGGACUUGACGGACUUCACUCCCCCAACAAACCCAACCGUCUACAUGGUGAACAGUACAACCAUGCGACCGAGAGUUGUGCACAUUACAACAGGAAACGCCAACGGAAUUGCUGUCUCGCCGCGCCACGACGGCCGUCAUGUGUUGUAUCUUCCCGACACCGGUGUCUCCGAAGCCAAGCCGGUGGAUAGGAAGAAUCCGUACGGCAACCGUGCCCUCUUUGCAUACGAUGUCGCAGCCGGGGGCGUUCUCACGAAUGCACGCUUCUUGAACAACCCGAUUUCGUAUUUCUAUGACGGUAUUCGGGUUUCGAGAAAUGGUUGGAUCUUUGUCGGGGCUGGCGACGGGGUGGAUGUCAUUGAUCCCGUGUCUGGACUCGCACUUGGCACUAUACGUGUGGGUGGAGGAAGCAAUCUGGCUGUGAACAUGGCAUUUGGCGUGCAUGAGCUAUGGAUCGUAGGUAGAGGCGGGGUUUGGCAUGUGAGCGAUAUUGCAGAGAAAUUGGAUCGGGACUGGUAG